UACACCCAUAAUUAUAUUAUCAAUAAUAUAUUAAUAUAUAAUUGAUAAUAAUUAAAUAUAAAUUUAAUUUAAUAUUUAUUUAUUUGACAGAGACACAGCGAGAGAAGGAACACAAACAGGGGGAGUGAGAGAGGGAGAAGGAAAAGCAGGCCCCCCACUAAGGAGGGAACCCGACAUGGGGCUCAAUCCCAGGACCCUGGAAUUACGACCUGAGCCGAAGGCAGAUGCUUAACCAACUGAGAUACCCAGGCACCCCCAAAACACUUUUUUUUUAAAUAUAUUUUUAAAAAGAGUUUAUUUAUUUGACAGACAGGGAUCACAAGCAGGCAGAGCAGCAGGCAGAGAGAGAGAGGGAAGCAGGGGCCCCGCUGAGCAGAGAGCCCGAUGCAUCCGGCUUGAUUCCAGAACCCCGAGAUCACAACUGGAGCAGGAGGCAGAAGUUUUAACCCACUGAGCCACCCAGGCACCCCCCAAAACACUUUUUAAAAACAUGUAACCACAAUACCAGUAUUACUCCUAAAGUCUUUAACAAUAAUUCCUUAUUUUAAUCAAGUAUUCAUUGUUCAGAUUUCCCCCAAUAGUCUCAUUUUUCCCUAAUUGGUUGUUUAAAAGGAGGCUCCAAACAAGGUCCACACACUGCAUUUAUUUGCUCUGGUGGGACUCCCUUUCUCUUCCUCAUGUAAUUUAUGUGUGGAGGAAACCAGGCUGCUUGGAGGCCUGAGUGUCAGGAAUGUGGGAUUGCGCUGAGCGCCUCAGCAGAGCGAGUGGGACAGGGAAGGCUGGGGGUGGGUUGGGGAUAAUGACCAGACAGGUCGGGACUCCUGUCUGCAGGAAGGAGGCAGGAGGUGGAGGCUCUGAGCAAAGGGAGAGGCUAGGGCUGCUGGGGGCCAAGGCCUGUCCUUAUGAUCCCUGAUGCCUCUCGGCUGCUGGAGCUGAUAGAAGGUGGGAAGAUGGCCUGAGCCCAGGAGCAGGGGCAGAGCUUGGUGGGUGAGAGGCCAGGGGUCAGGCUGGAGAUGAGGGAGGGGCUGGGCCUGAGGUCAGGCCUAGAAGGAACAGGAUGUCUGUGUCAGGGAUGAAGGGAGAGAACAGUGCCAGAAACCAGCUCCUCCCCACCUGGCCCUGUCCCCAGAGCCCCUCCCUGCCCUGCCAGCGGCAGCUCCUCCCAGGGGCCCAGACAGCAGAUCCCUUCGCAAUGCUGGUGGUCAGUGGCCCAGAGCCCUUGUUCUGCCUUCUCCUCCUCCUGCUCCAGGGCCCCUAUAGCUCUGUGGGGGCCAGUCCUCCUCACAGAAGGUUUGAGUACAAGCUGAGCUUCAAAGGACCAAGACUGGCGUUGCCUGGGGCAGGAAUACCCUUCUGGAGUCAUCAUGGAGAUGCCAUGCUGGGCCCGGAAGAAGUGCGGCUGGUCCCGUCCAUGCAGAACCGCAGUGGCGCCGUGUGGAGCAGGGUCCCUGUCCUCUUCUCUGCCUGGGAGGUGGAGGUGCAGAUGCGGGUGACUGGGCCAAGGCACAGGGGAGCCCGGGGCGUGGCCGUGUGGUACACCCGGGACAGAGGCCAAAUAGGCUCCGUCCCGGAGGGGCCGACCUCGUGGGAUGGCAUCGGGAUCCUGUUCGACUCCUCAGAUGAGGACACCCAGAACAGCCCCGCCAUCCGUGUGCUGGCCAGCGACGGACACACUCGCUAUGAGGCACGUGGGGACGGAGCUGGCAGCGAGCUGGGCACCUGCCGCUGGGAUUUCCGCAACCUACCACACCCCUUCAGAGCACGGAUCACCUACUGGGGGCAGCGGCUGCGCGUGUCCCUGAACAGUGGCCUCACUCCCGGUGACCAAGAGGAGGUGUGCGUUGACACGGGGCCCCUGCUCUUGGCUCCUGGAGGUUUCUUUGGGGUCUCGGCAGCCACUAACACCCUGGCAGAUGACCAUGACAUCCUGUCCUUCCUGACCUUCAGUCUGAGUGAGCUGGGUCCGAAGCCUCCCCCCCAGCCCUUUCUGGAGAUGGAGGAGCUCCGGCUGGCGAGGCAGCUGGAAGGGCUUUGGGCAAGGCUGGCCCUGGGCACCAAGGAGCACGUGAUUCCACAGCGGAGCUCUGAAGUCCAGGAAGAGGGGGAAAGAAGCUUUGUGCUGGCAGAGAUGCUGGGCAGACACCGCCAGACCCUGCAGGCUCUCCAGGGUCUAUCUGAACAGCUGGCCCAGGCUGAGAGACAAUGGAAGAAGCAGCUGGGGUCCCUGGGCCACACCAGGCCUAUGGGAACUUGGGACUUGGCCAAGGUCAGCGCCCUGCUCCGUGGACAGAGGACUCUUCUCCAGGACCUGCAAGAGAUGAGAGAUGCAGCUGCCCACGUGGCCUCAAGAGCCCAGCUCUUCUAUCUGCCGGUGGGCACCAAGCAUCAUUUCUUAGAGCUGGCCCAGAUCCUGAGCUUCCUGCAGAAGGACCUUCAGGGCCCAUUGAAAGCAGCAGCCAAGAACGCUCACCCACCUGGCCAACUCCCAGGGGCCUCCUCGUGCCUACGGCCCAGAAUGUUCUUGUUUUUCCUCCUCAUUCAGACUGUUGGCUUCUUCUGUUAUGUGCACUUCAGUAGGCAGGAGCUGGACAAGAGCCUUUGGGACUGUUUGUCGGCAGGCAAACGGUUGUGUCCUGAGCCACGAAACCCUGGGGCUCUGGGGGUUCUGAGGAGGCAGCCUCUCUCCCUUAGCAUUCAUGCAAGACUCACCUGAAAGCCCUGAAGGAGGGGGUAGUGUCUGGGGGUAAAGAGCUUGGUCAGUACUCUCUCCUUUUGGGUGCCCAGCUCCUGCUCACACCUUACUUUUGGCAAGCGCCAGUCUUAUUAAAGGUGAUUUACAUCUCCCAGUGCUUUGAUAUGCUCAUUUACCUUCUGACUUCACCUUAAUCUUUCUGAAGGCUUCCACUUUCUCUGGACAGGUAGCUGGCAGUGGGCUCCAAGCAGGCAAGGGGGUCAAGGACUGACUUGAUUACCAAAACCCAGAUACCCUACAAGGCUUGAGCCCUAGAGGAUGGAGGGAGUAGAAGUCACAAACGUGUAUAAGUCUAUCCCCAAAUUCCUCCAGAACAAAGAGUGGUACCUCCAGGUGUCCUUCCUGGCUCAGCCCAGCCAGCAUCACCAUGAACAACCCUCCCCUUCUCUACUUUUUGCAGCUCUAGAGUUCAGCGGGGCUGGCGGGGCUGGCGUGUGAGGGAGAACUCUGAGGCAA